UAUCUUUAGUUAGUCCUGUUCAAAAUCUUUUCUAAAUACUUAAGGUAGUACUGGUUAAGUGGGAAUAAUAGAAACUGAUAGCAGUGCUUCUUGCUUAAUUAAAAAUAAAAAAAAUUAAUUUCCCUUACAGUUCUCUUUCACAUCAAGAUGGAAUUUUUAAAAGCCAGUUUACAGGCCACAGUAUCUGUUAAUGUUGAUAGUACUGAAACUAAAGCUAAUACGUGGUGCUUUAAGUUUAUAGUAAGAUCCUUUAUUGACCUUAAUUGAUUUAGGAGGAAUCAGGCUAAGUUCGUCAUCAUAACCUGCAAAUGUGCUAGCAGGAUUAUAUUUCUAUCCUAUCUUGGUCUCCCAUGUAGAACUGAGCACCUACACUGAAUUUCAACAGUGAGACUGUCUUGUUACAGCUUCUCAGGCUCUGCCUUUGAAUAAUCAUUCACUUUCGAAUAGGUUGUGGUGUUGAAUAUAAGCUGAAUAUUUUAAUCUUUCUCUUUAACUUUGAAACAUCCUUCCACAGCUAUAUUAGGAAAGUCAGGUUGACCAUCUGCUCAAUGGGUGUGACCUUGGUGAUUUCCUUGAAAUAGUAUUGAAGGAUUUAGUCAGUGGGUUUUGAUCACCACUGUAGGUUGCUAUGCAGAGUUCUCUUCACUUGUCAGACUAAGGAAAAAAAUAGUGUGUGUCAAAUAGACAAGGAAAACCUGUAGAAAAAUUGUCAGUUUCCUAACCAGAUCUUGGAGAUAAUUUUGAAGUUUAAAGGAUACAAAUGAAUGGGCCAGAGACUAGCAGUUUGUUUAGACUGAAUGUUUCAACAUCUAUUUAGAUACCUUGGUAGCUUGGAUGACUUGCUGUAAUACUGCAAAUUACUUGGCUAUAAAUAGAAUUUUUAUGUGUUUUUAACAGGUUUGAGGACUUUGAAUACCUUACUGCUGCACACCAUGGUAGAUUUUCCACGUCAGAUAACCUGUUCAGUUGGGGUGUGCUGUCUUUGAGGUCACUGGUUUGAGAACAACUGUGCAUAAAGAACGGUAUUUCCAAGUCACUUGGUCGGCAGGAUGGCAUUCACCUGUAAUUUCUGUGCGUGUGUGCGUAAGCACAAACUAUGCGCUUUUCAUCGAGCGUUAGAGAGUGGGUAGUAGUCGCUAAUUUCCAGGUCUGUAGGCAUUGGCAGAAUUCAUAGUAACUUUACUCACAGAUGAGUAUCUGCUUUUUAAAAAAAUAAAUGGCUUAAAGAACACCAGACUUUUUUAUUUUAUUUUAGGUGGUUACAGCAGUAUGGUUCUUUCUUUUCAAAGCUUAUGUUGUGGUAAAUUAAAAAAAAAAGUAUCUACUGAAGUGAUCACAAUAUAACUUGGUUAGUUUUCUCUCCAAGUAGAAAGUUACACUGAAUAACCUGUUGCUUCAGGUGCCUGAGGAGUAAAUGGCUGACGGUUGAGUGCUGUCGUUGAACCUGAGGAAAAGUUAAAAAAAAUUUAGAUACUGGAAAACUUUUUUGCUGAGCACUUUUCGCUCAGCUUAGUGUGUUCAGAAGGCUACCACUUCUGCAAACUAGCGUUUAGAGCGAGCCUGUUGGUUCAUGACGUCUCCCCCUGCACCCCAUCUCCCGUUCUUGGUCGAGACAGACAGGUCUCUUCAGCCCCAUCGGUUACUGUCGGAUUCUGGGGGCCUGUGCGCUCACACUUCCCUCAGGUGGGGUGGGGCUCUGUCACCAUGAGCAGGAGGGAGGUUAGAAUGUCUGUUUUCAUAAGUUAUUAUUCAAGUCUUUGGUAGUACGGGCACUCUAUAUAAAGAUUUUUGAUUUUUGGUGAGCAGUCUAGUCUUAGUAGUUACUGAUUUAUAGUUUAAGGAAGUGUUUUGUCUGCAUUGAGUGUCUGUGUCAAGAGUUGAGGGCAGGGACUUCCUGGGGGUCCAGGGGUUAAGACCCCACACUCCUGAGGCGGGGGGCCCAGGUUCCAUCCCUGGUCAGGGAGCUGAGGUCCCACGUGCUGCCUCCGCACAACUUAGCCAAAAGUAAAUAAAUAAAUAAAAUGGAAACGAGUUGAAGGCAUUUGCUGUGAGAGAUGACCCCAGGAGGCCUUGCAUUUUAGGUUUGGCAGGUCAGUAGGAAAAGUGGUUAUAAAUCCAAAUGAUGCAGUUUUGCUUCUACUAGUCAACUUUAUGGUACGAUUAUAUACGAUUCACUUUUUAUUAUCCUCUUAACAAUGUAGAAAAUGGUCAUUAGGUGGCAGCCACAGACAGCCAUGUAGAAGGCUUGAUGAACAUUCAAGUUAAUUUUAGUGUCAAGUCAGUUACGGUUGGUGAGUGGCCAGAGACCGGCACAGUCCUGCAUACCUGUCCUGCUGAGCCUGUGUUUCCUGAGAGGCUGACCCUGUGGCCCUUUCUGGGCACUGGGGGGCAGCAGUGAGCCAGCAGGCAGGAGGUCUGCCCCUGGGGGCUGGAGGCAUGGCCUGUCUUGGGUGCCUUUUGAGAGGACACGAAGGAUUGCUGUGACCCUGGGCCGCGGGCAGUUGGGCACAGCUGAUGACUGUCAGGCUCUGUCCCUUGGCUGGGGGUUUUGCCACCAGAAGACCCCCUGGCCUGGGACGUCCAUCCCCCAGCUUCCCGCCCCAUCCUGUUCACCCUCUCGGGCAAAACUGAAGCUCUUCUUUCUCUGAAGACUUUUUUCCAGCAUCCUCCUGUGCCACUCCUUUGGGUCUUGUGUUGGAAGCUGAUGAGGACUUACUUAACCCAGGUUUUGGAAGUCCCUUGUCUCCAGGUUGCUGGAAGUGACUUCUUGCUCAGCUGGAUCAGCCACUCGGUGAAGACAGAACUCAUGCUUUGUGCUGGCUCAGCUCUGCAUCCACCGCCGGGCAGUCUCUGUGCCUGGUCCUAGAGAGACCCAGCGAUCGGCGUUGUGACUGAGCUUCCUGGACUUGUGAAGAGACGACGGUAGAGGAAUACACACUUUCUUUUGAAUUUUUACAACAAAUAUUUGCUCUAGUUUUGAAGCCUCGGGCUGCUGGGUGUGUGAGUGACAAGUCUUUUACAAGUGGCCUUAUUCCAACUCCAGAGAUUCCUCAAGCAGAUUCUAAUUUUAUAUACAAUCCUCAGGAGACAGGAAACAUGCCAACCCAAUCCCUCUUGGUGUAUAUGGAUGGACCGGAAGUGAUCGGCAAUUCCCUUGGCACCCAAAUGGAGCUUGAUGACGCCAUGACGAUCAAAGGGGCCGCCGCGGUCCCCUUCCGAGCGGCGCAGGAGAAGAGCAUCACCCAGAUGGAGGGGUGCAUGCCCCUGGACUGCAUGUUCUGCAGUCAGAGCUUCACGCGCUCCGAGGACCUCAGCAAGCACGUCCUCCUGCAGCACCGGCCCACCCUCUGCGAGCCCGCCGUCCUGCGCGUCGAGGCAGAGUAUCUCAGCCCUCUGGAUAAGGUCCAGGUGCGCAGUGAGCCUCCGAAGGACAAGAGCUGCAAGGAGAACGAAGAGCUGAGCUGUGAAGUGUGCGGGCAGACGUUCCGCGUGGCUUUCGAUGUCGAGAUCCACAUGAAGAAACACAAGGACUCGUUCACCUACGGGUGUCACAUGUGCGGCCGGCGGUUCAAGGAGCCCUGGUUUCUGAAGAAUCACAUGCGGACGCACACGGGCAAGUCGGGGGCGAAGAGCAGGCUGCAGCCUGGCCUGGAGAGCCCGGCGACCAUCAACGAGGUGGUGCAGGAGCCCGCGGCUGAGGGCGUCUCCUCGCCGUACAAGAUCUGCAUGGUCUGCGGCUUUCUGUUUCCAAAUAAAGAAAGUCUCAUCGAUCACCGGAAGAUGCACACCAAAGAAGCUGCUUCCGGGCCCUGUGGCCCGCAGAUCGAAGCCCCGCAGGAAGGCAUGCCGUCGCCGGGGGCGGAGCUGCUGCAGUUCCUGAACCUGAGACCCACGUCCCCCGCCGAGAUCGCCAAGAAGCCGGCCAAGUGGAUACCUCAGCUGGACCCGUUCACCACCUACCAGGCCUGGCAGCUGGCCACCAAGGGCAAGGUGGCUGUGUGCCGAGAGGUGAAGGAGCAGCAGCCGGGCCAGGAGGGCAGCACCGACAACGAUGAGUCGUGCUCCGACAAGGAGGAGCCGGGGGAGAUCUGGAACGGCAGCAAGAGCCAGCCCGAAGGUUCCGGAAAGCCCAGGACGAGUAAAAGCGGUUGCCCCGGCCUCUCCCAAGACAAGGAGAAGUCCAGACACCCCCAUGGCGAAGUGCCUUCUGUGGACGCGGACCCCAAGUUGGCCAGUAGCAAGGAGAAGCCGACGCACUGCGCCGAGUGUGGCAAAGCCUUCCGGACCUACCACCAGCUGGUGUUGCACUCGCGUGUGCACAAGAAGGACCGCAGGGCCGACACCGGCUCGCCCCCCGCUGCCGCGGACGGCAGGCAGCCCAGGACGUGCUCCCCGGAGCUGCCGCCCGCCCUGGAUGACAGCGGGGCCCUGGACCGGGAGGCUGGCUCCGAAGACGGUUCCGAGGAUGGGCUCCCGGACGGGCUGCACCUGGAUAAAAAUGAUGAUGGAGGGAAAAUGAAGCAUCUUACAUCCUCAAGAGAAUGUAGUUAUUGUGGAAAGUUUUUCCGUUCAAAUUAUUACCUCAAUAUUCAUCUCAGAACGCAUACAGGUGAAAAACCAUACAAAUGUGAAUUCUGUGACUAUGCUGCAGCGCAGAAGACCUCCUUGCGGUAUCACCUGGAGAGACAUCACAAGGACAAGCAGAUGGAGGCUGCUGCAGACGCCAAGAGCGACGGGAGGCCCCAGGAGGCCGAAGAUGCACUCCUAACCGCCGACAGUGCGCAAACCAAAAAUUUGAAAAGAUGUUUCGACGGUGCCAAAGAUGUUAAAGGCAGCCCACCCGCAAAGCAACUGAAGGGGAUGGCCCCCGCCUCUCAGAGCGUCCUGGGCGGCGCUGCGCUCGCGCCAGUGCACAGGGAAACUCAGGAUUUCAGCAAGGAUGCAGCGGACGACGGUGCCGAGAAGCUGAGCAAGGCCCCCGGCCCCGCUUACUUGGACGCCUUGAAGAAGAGGCCGCCCGCGGACCCUCAGGCCAGCCCCGUGGUGUGCAGGACAGAGGCGGCCACGGCAGCCCGCCACGCACAGCUCGGGCCCCGGGAGAAGCGGGCGGCGGACGCAGGCUGCCAGGAGAAGCCCCUGAACCUGUCCCUGGCCCCGCACGGGGGCGCGGGGGCGCCUCUGGGCAGGAGCGUGGCCGCCAGCAGCACCUGCCCGUUCUGCACCUUCAAGACCUUCUACCCGGAGGUGCUGACGAUGCACCAGCGGCUGGAGCACAAGUACCACCCUGACGCGCACAAGAGCUGCCGGGGCAGGGCUGCGCUGCGCAGCCGGCGGACGGGCUGCCCGCCGGCCCUGCUGGGCAAGGACGUGCCCCCGCUGCCCGGCGCCUUCAGGCCCAAGCCGCGGCCGGCCGCCGCGGCGCAGCCCAAGCCCGCGCCGGCCGAGCGGCCCGCGCCCGGCGCCCCGGGGCCCAGCAGAGCCCCGCUGCCCCCGCCGCCCGCGGGCGCCGACAGCACUUUAUCCCCCAGCAACCUCAAGGCGCUGCGCCCGCUGCCACCGGCCGGCCUCGGGGUUCCGGGGCCCGGUCCCGCCCGCACGCCACCCGAAGCACCGCCCUGCAAGGCGGGCCCGGAGAAGGUGCGGCGGCCCGACCCGCAGGCCCCUGCCGAUGCCGCCAGGGGCGACGGCCCCUGGGCGCCCAACAGGGACUACGCAUGCGGCCGCGGCGGCGCUGAGCCGGGAGAGCCGCUGCCCAAGCGGCCGCGGGUCGCGCCUGAGCCGCCCUGCGCGCCGUGCCGCCGGCCGCCUGAGCUGCCGCAGUACCGCGUGGUGCGCGGGCUGGCGUCCCUGCUGCCGCCCGAGUGCGCCUGCGCGCCGCCUGCGCCCCCCGCGCGCCCGCGCCCCGCGCCCGGGCCCGCCUUCGCCGCGCUGCUACCCUGCGCGCCCGCCGCUGCGCUGGAAGGAAAAAGGCCUGUAUCCUAUCAACACUUAUCUAGCAGCAUGCUGCAAAAGAGGAACUAUGAGAAUUUUAUUGGGAACGCACAUUAUCGACCAAAUGACAAAAAAACUUGAUUUCCUAUUUUGGGGAUGAAAGGUCUUGAUGGAUAUAAAUGUGUACUCUCCAUGAAAUUAAAUUAGUUCAUCCUUUGAAAAAGCAAAUGUUGAAAGCUACUGAAAUAAGCUGUGAUUGUACUGUGUAUAUAGCGCAUAGAGGAACACUACGGUUUUGUAAAGUUGUUAACUUUUGUACCAAAUAGCAAUAAAAACUACAGUUGCAAGAUUUGGGUUGUACACAAAUGGAGACUGGACAUCAUCUCUAUUUUGCCCCGAAUAAUACGAUUUUUGGAAUUGACCAAAUAACAAAUGGAGGUUUUUUUGUUUUUUUUUUUUUUGCAUACUUGAGCGCUGCUGAAAAGAAAUCAUUUGGGUUGGGGGGUGGGGUGGGGAGAAAGUAUAUAACGCUUGCACCUCAGGUAAAAAGUUUGUAAAUAUAUGUUGUAAACCUGCUUGUUUAAAUACUGUGUGUAUUCUUUUCCUCUCAUGUUGCUCAUCACUUUGAGCUCUUUUCUGCUACUUGUCCUCUUUCAUCUAAAAUGUACGGUUUUUUUUUUAAUUUCAAUGAUAUGUAUUAUGUUAAAUCUUCCACAGUCCAUUGUCUUAAUGGAGUUGUUAACGGAAACAUUGACCCUCUAUGAGUAUGUGCUGCGUGUACCAAGAUCAGCCUUUCUGUAGUUGGUACCCUUUUAUUGCAAAUUUUGGUAGGUCGUCUGAGGAAGACCCAGACCCAUAUAAUCCUCUUCUCGGGAUUGGCAGGGGGAUUUUUAAGUGUGUGUAUCUAUAGAGAAGCAUUUCCUCUAGGCCAGCCACACACUCAGUAAACAUACCAAAUUGUGGAGUUACUUAGUUUUCUAUCCAGUGAAUCAUUUUUGUUGGAAAAUUCUGGCGUUUGCCUGAAUUAUUUCUAUAAAAAUAUAAAGGCUAAAUUAUACAUGUGAAUUACAUAUAUUGGAAGCAGUUUUUAAAGGAAAUGAAAGUUGAGGGGUAAAUUUUAGGUUUGCAUCUGGUAGUCUGGUGUGUCUGGCGCUUCGCUUGGGUUAACUGUGGACACACUCAGGUUACUUGCAGACACACGAAUUGUGCAGGAGUGCUGACUGAGACUCCUGGCGCCCUGGGGACGUCCCUGGCCUUGAGACCUCGGUUGUCUUCCUUCUGGGUGGUCUGGAGGCAGUGCCAUUUUCUCAGUGUACAUGACAAGUUGGGUUUUAAAGAGAGACUAGCCACCAGCUGGCUUACUAAAUGUUUUAUUACACUUCUGUUCCCUUAAUCCACUGUCCAUGGCUGAUUGUUUUCAGCAGUACCUAGGUUUAGUGACCACAACACACUUUAUUAAGAAAACUGUUUCAGAAAUAAAUUUGCACUGUUAAUUUUUCUUGCCUUGCCCUUCUCCAUUAGAACAAGGGUAGCGUUCUCAAAGAAUCCUGAUUUUUUUGUUUGUUUGUUCUCAUUAUGCAACACGACGCUGACUUGAUAGAAAAGUCUUAACUCCCAGGUGAAAAGGGAGACCUCUGAGCUGACUCUGCUGGCAUCGUGAUGAAGUGCUUUGUAUCAGGAAAGUGGACACUAUUGAUCUUUCUUUCUGUUCACAAGCUGAGCCAUAUGUACAUAAUCUAGAGUUUUGUUUUCCUAGUUUUGCACUUUUAUAGCCUAUUUUUGAAGAUUAACACAUUGACAAAGAUGAUUGACCUGAUCCUUACCUAAUCCAAUGAGUGUUACAGAAAGCUUGCUGUGACGAUAAAUAUAAAUCUUAAAAGCGGAUAUACACGAUGAUAGAGGGCUGAAAUUUAAAUCUGUAUUAAAAAAAAAAAAUCACCAAAUCUAUUUGAAAACAAUUCAUGUUAUGCUGAAAUCUGGGGGCCUUUGAGAUUUCUCCUUUUUAACCACGUUUCUGAACCCUUAGAAACACGGUUCUGCUUCCCUCCCACAGCCCUUGUGCUCCAGAACGCUGUGUUCCUUUCCUUUUUGUCCAUCAGUAUUAAUUAUUGGGAUACUACUGGUUUUGUAUGUUUUUUUCCCUUUGAGACAACAGUACAUAUACUAGAGGUACAAUCUGUUGGAUUUUUGUUUAUGUAUUUAUUUCAUUCCAGUUUGAUUUAUUUUAAUUGUUGAUAUACUUGUCAAACAGUAGACAUUACUUGUUUUAUUUAUGAUGUAUUUCAGCUUAAAGUUAUGUUAUUAUAUGUGGAUGUAAAUAUAGAUUUGGUGUUUUGCAA